GAGGGUUGAUGAUUGUGCAUAUGACGCAGGAGUUCAGUGUCAGUUUCCAACAAGGCCUCUAAAUUUAGCCUGGGUAAAGGCAGCAACGAGCGGACCGUUUGACGACCCACUCCUGCUGAACUAUAUACUGCUUUGGACCCGCUGUUGUUCCGCCACCUGCACCACUAAUUCCUUUUUGUGUUUGUGUGUGUGUAUGUGUGUGUCUUGGUACCACUUGUGUUUUGGUGGAAGGGAAGGGGUGAUUGGAUCUCUAACCCUCGAUGAGGAAUUGACAUUGCUGAGAGGAUGGCUGAUGGCAACUUGGCACAGGGACUGUUUAUCUGUGAAUGGCCCACUGCUCUAAUGCAAAUCACAGCGUUGUGAUUUGCGACAGGGUGUCAGUCAGCCGGAGGCGAUGGGUCAGUCAGAGGGGCUAGAGAGCAGGGGUGGCAUAAACAGCCCUGACCCCCUGGUACGAGAGGCCUAUCUGAUGUUACAUGACUAUAUAAACUAUGUGAUCGCAGGGCCCGACGGCCACAUUGGCCCACCCCCUACUGCUACAGCAGCAGCCCUGCGCCAUGCUGGGGAUGAGCUGCUAGUUAGGUUCCCCAUCUUCUUCAGGCGUUGGCCACGUGUCUUCCACGAUGUGACCGAGGCCACAGCCUGUCCCAUGCUAACCGCCAUCCUGGAUGAGCACUUUGCCACCACCACCCCCGGGGGGCGCCGACGGGACCUGGCCUGGAGUGCGGUGCUGUCUGUGUAUGUGCUGGCUGGCCAGAUGGCCCUGCACUGCCAUGAGAGGGGCAUGGGGGGAAUCCUGCCCCAGCUUAAGGAGUGUGUGGGGGGUUACGUGGAGAGGGUCAUCUGUCCAGAGAUUCGGGACAAGGGUGGAUGGACAGGAUUUGUGUCCCGCUUUGGGCAGAAGCAGGACUUGGAGGGCCAGGUGAAGAAGGUGUGUUGCUGGACUCUACUGCUAUUGGCUACCAGUAUCCUGUCCUAUUUCCUGUGGAAACGAAUAAAAUCUUAAACACCCCCACCUGGUGACCACAAUCAGAUCGCUCCAAAAGUCCCCUUAUUGAAUAAAUAUUUUCCCAAAGCGUA